AUGGGGUCCCCGGGCCACCGGGCCUCCGCUGCCCAGCGCCCUGGCCAUCGCGAGCUCGCUGCACCUCCUGCCGGCUGCUGCUCCGCCGGGGCCUUCGCGGCCGGCGUUUCGGGGCCGGGCAGGGUCUGGUGUGGGGGCACAGUUGGUGCUAUUUUCACAUGUCCACUAGAAGUCAUUAAGACACGGUUACAAUCUUCACGACUGGCCCUGGGGACAGUCUACUAUCCUCAGGUUCAUCUGGGGACCAUUAGCGGAGCUGGAGUGGUGAGACCAACGUCUGUGACACCUGGGCUCUUCCAGGUUCUGAAAUCCAUCUUGGAGAAGGAAGGACCAAAGUCACUUUUCAGAGGCUUGGGUCCAAAUUUGGUUGGAGUGGCACCAUCAAGGGCUUUGUACUUUGCAUGUUACUCCAAAGCCAAAGAGCAGUUUAAUGGCAUUUUCGUGCCGAAUAGCAAUAUUGUGCAUAUUUUCUCCGCGGGCUCUGCAGCUUUCGUCACAAAUUCCUUAAUGAAUCCUAUAUGGAUGGUUAAAACCCGGAUGCAGCUAGAACAGAAAGUCCGAGGCUCCAAGCAGAUGAAUACACUCCAGUGUGCGCGCUAUGUUUACCAGUCAGAGGGCAUCCGUGGCUUCUACAGAGGGUUAACGGCCUCCUAUGCUGGCAUCUCAGAAACCAUCAUCUGUUUUGCUAUUUAUGAAAGUUUAAAGAAACAUCUGAAAGAAGCUCCUUUCACCUCUUCUACAAACGGGACUGAGAAAGAGUCCACAAAUUUCUUUGGACUUAUGGCAGCUGCUGCUAUUUCGAAGGGGUUUGCCGCCUGUAUUGCCUACCCUCACGAAGUCAUACGGACGCGGCUCCGCGAGGAAGGCACCAAGUACAAGUCUUUCAUGCAGACCGCGCGCCUGGUGUUCCGGGAGGAAGGUUACCUGGCCUUCUACAGAGGACUCUUUGCCCAGCUCAUCAGGCAGAUACCAAACACUGCCAUCGUGCUGUCUACCUACGAGUUAAUUGUGUACCUGUUAGAAGACCGUGCUCAGUAACAGGCCAGAACACUGUGCUCUCCGAGAAUAAAAUAGAAACCGUAGAGAACUUUUUUUCCUCGUUGAUCUAUAGAAUGUUCAAGACAGAAACAGGAAAAGAAAGAACCGUGGAAGAACUGGCUGCUAUCACGCAGUGGACAUUUCCUUUUGGAUUCAUGCUUUCUGGAAGGUUCUAAUUCAUUAACGUUAAGAGUUAAUUAUAACUUUUUUUUUAAUUUAAGAGGAUUCAGGAUUAAGCAGCAACUAAAUUAAAUCAUGCUAUUUAAUUUAAGUAUUAA